AUGUCGGGGCAACUGGGAUCUGAAUGCCCAUUGGAAGACGAUUUGAAGUAUGCCAAAGAAUUUCAUGUGAUAUCUACUGUUACUAUGUGGCUCUUUUGGUUUACUAUGCCACCAAGUUUGACAUUGAAAAACUUCGAAAGUUUGGAUCUUGGAAAGAUUGAUGAGACCAAUGAUUCUGGAUUAGCAUCAUAUGUUGCUGGACUAUUUGCCCGCUCUCUCAGCUGGAAGGAUGUGAAAUGGCUUCAGUCAAUCACUACAUUACCAAUUCUGUUAAAGGGCGUAAUUACUGCUGAGGAUACAAGGUUAUGCAUACAAGCUGGAGCUGCAGGAAUAAUUGUAUCCAAUCAUGGAGCUCGGCAACUAGAUUAUGUCCCUGCAACUAUUAUGGCUUUGGAAGAGGUCGUCAAAGCUGCAGAGGGCCAAAUUCCUGUUUUCUGGAUGGUGGAGUGAGGCAAGAAGC